AUGGGUUUUACUGGAAGACAAGAGGCUUUAGUUACUAGUUCAUGGGAAAUCUUCAAUCUAAAUCUUCCACUUUAUAGUGUUUUAUUUUACACCUUUAUAUUGGAGAAAGAACCUGCAGCAAAAAAUAUGUUUUCUUUUUUAAAAGACGCCAGUGAGAUACCUCAGAAUAAUUCUAGUCUCAAUGCUCAUGCUGAGAAGGUUUUUGGAAUGGUACGUGACGCUGCGGUUCAACUCCAUACAACUGGAGAAAUAGUAUUAGAAGAUGUUACGUUGGGAGUUGUUCACACGCAAAAGAGGGUUGUUAAUUCUCAUUUUGUGGUUGUGAAAGAAGCUUUACUCAAAACAAUGAAUGAAGCUGUUGGAGAUAACUGGAGUGAAGAGUUGAGUAAUGCUUGGGAAUUUGCUUAUGAUGAAUUGGCAGAAGCAAUUAAGAAGGCAAUGCAUUGA